GCCCGAUUAAUAAAACCAGUCACCUACAACAACGUGAUACUACAAUCUUAUCUUUAUUAAAUACACCUAAUACGAGAUUAUCGUUUAAACGCGUUACUCAUAACAAUAUUGGCAACGAAAUUUUUGUAAAGUGUGUAGUACCUGUAGGGUUUUGUAAAAAAACUGUGGCAAACAGUCAUGAUUUGAAGUGUCUUAAAGAAUUUGGAAGGUCAAAUGGGAGCGGCACAAUCACAAGAAGCUCAACUGCGGCGAAAUUCCUCCUCUAGGAAAUCGCCAAAACGUGAUGACUUACAGACCAAAUUUGACGCGAUAGAGAAUGUGAAAACAGAAAUCGAUCUCUUCGGUGGUAACCGACAAAGCGAGCGGUAUUCGCAAAUUCAGGAAACUCUGGCGAGUAUCUCGAAGGACUUUCAAGAGAAGAAACUCGCAUCGUCAAAACCAAAAACACGGAACAGAUGCGACGACGGUUUAGGCGACAUACAACACUGUUUAAAGCGCUUAGAGACUCGAGUGGAUUUCAACGAACACUCGCUGGACUCCGCCGCUGUUGAAUCGCAUUCUUUCAUUCAAUCCUUCGCUCCGCAUCAACAGGCCUCUCCAAUGAGGGAUGAAAUUGAUAUUGCCAAAAGCAUCAGCCGAAUCGGACAGGAGGCGGCAAAACUAGAACACGAUAUUGAGCUUAAUAUUGAGUGGAGUGAUCAAAAAUUGUUCGAACAAAAAAUUCAGUUUCUAUACAAGGAACUGGAUUCAAUCUUCGUCGACAAUCGGACACCUUUGGGCGAACAAAAGGCGAAAAUUGCAGAUAGACUGGCAAAGUGCAGCAACCAAUUGAAGAGAGCCCAAUCAGAUAUGCGUAAAAGUAGAACUGAAGAAGCGCUGCAUAUUUCAGAUAAACCGAGAGAGACGCUGAGUCGAAUUGAAGAAGACACUCAAAAGUUGGAACGCGACAUAAAGCUCUGUAUUGAAUUGGACGACUACAAUCAACUUAAGCUACUGAAAAGGAAAAUUCAACUUCUCUAUACUGAUUUAGAAAUGAUUGUUGUCGAAAAUCAUACUCCCCUAAGCGAGCAAAAGGCGGCGAUUGGCAAACGACUGAUUAAGUAUAAUAAUCAAAUUAGAAAAAACAAGCGGGGAAAUUUACAACAGUUGGAGAACAUCGAUAAGAAAGUGGAACGGUUGGGCGCCGAGGCGCUCUUGUUUGAAGGAAUUGGAGGCGAUAUUAAGUGCAAGAGUAUACAACAGGAGUUGGAGAACUACUGGACUAUGGUAUAUCCUUUUGAAUGCGUUAAUGACGAAGAAAAAAAUAAGAAGGCGCAUAUUGUGGCAAAAAUUAAAAAUACCAUGGACGAGUUGGCCAAGCGAGUCGAAGCAAACCGACGAGAAUUUGAAGCUCUUGGUAAGUUAACCGAGCAAUCUACCAAGAUCAACGAAUUACAAGGAAAAACCACCAAUUUCGUAGGCAGAGCGAAUGAUCCAGCCUUUGGGAAAAUAGACAAGGAGCUCAGAUUCCUUUGGACUGUACUUUCAGAAAUUGAAGACGUAAGCGAGAAGGUUCGAGGAAAAAAAGGAGCCGCUAUUACUCAGAUCCAAACCGCUUUAAAUACGCUAAAUGAAAGGGCCCUCUGCCACGAAGAGGCGAGGAUUCCAGAAGAGACGGAGGAAUCUAUACUUUUGAACAAAGUGAAAUCUUUCGAGAACCAGUGGAAUGGGCUGAAUCAUAAUUUACAGGUGCACAAAAUCAGUUCGGAUGUUUCCAAGUUAAUUGUGGAUGUUCUGAAGAGGGUCUCGAAUGGCACCGCACAAAAAGUGAACGCUUUAGAUGUCAUCGAAAAGCGUCGAAGUACCGGUAGCCUUGUAACCGUAAAAAUUUUGGACACGGUUGGUGAGGUUAAAAGGCUUCCACCUCCUGUCGAAACCGAAAUAAAAGCGCAACCUGCCGUCAAAGCGAUCGGUGAAAUGCAACGCAUUGGACUGCAAGCCAAAGCUAUACUGCAGGAGAUACGAGAAUCUAAAUGCACGAAACACGACAAAGAAUACGAACGACUUCGCAGCAUGUUGGAGGAAUGCAGAAGUUCGCUCGAAAAGAUCGAUUACAAUAAGAAGAGCGAUACCAUCGAAAGUAACAAGAGGCGCGCCCUGAAAACUAUAAUGGAAUCCAUCCGUGUGCUCGAAGAGAAACCUUCGAAAAACUCCAAGGCUUGCGAGGUAAUGGAUAUUCACGCAGAAAUACAAUAUUUCCGCCAACAGAUCAAAACCUUCACCGGAGUCACGAAAGACUUAAACUAUAGCAAAAUCAAGCAGGGCCUCUCGGACUGCCUGGUCAAACUGCAACUGAUCGACGACGAUCUUGCAAUUAAACAAGACAAUAUACGACAAAUACAGUUCUACCACCAAGAGCUCGAAACAAAACUGGCGGAGAACCAGGCGAAAGUUAAAAUAAACAAGGAAAUUGCGGAUGCGAAGCGUCAGAUCGCGCAGGAAACCAAGAACGUAAUCGAGGACGUGCAAAAAUUGAAGUCGCAAGUUGAAAGAUUCAGCGGCGUCUAUGACGGACUGCAAUUCCAGCAAAUCCAAGAGAACCUCAACAAGUGCAGCCGGAAGUUGGACGGCAUCGAUAUUGUCGGCGACGAGAAGCUCGAAAAUGCCAGAACGCAAACCAAACAAAAGAUACAGAAAUAUCUGCAGGUUCUCGAGGAACGGUCUUCGAAACCGGAGAUCGUGCCGGAAAGUUCGCCGCAUCGUAAAAUUAACGUGCUUAGGGAUCGAUUGGUCGACAUCAAGGUGAAGACGGAGGAGUUCGAUGGAAAGUACAAAGAUGCGGGUUACGCGAAAAUUGAAGAGGAGCUGGCGAGAUGCUUGCAGGAGUUGAAAGUCAUCGACGAUAGGGGUCAUAGGUCGAUUGUGCUUAGUAAGGAGCAGUACGAAGAGUACAUCGUCAAGCUUCUUCAGUACUUUGAAGAUAAGACGAAGACGAGUGAGGCUGACGAGGAAAUCGCUGACCCGUCCGAGGAGUUGGCGGCGAUCGGACACGAGGUGGCAGAUUUGAAAGGAAGGAUUGAUGCGGGGACUUCUGACUUAGCAAAGCUGCAAGAGAAAGGUGAUUUACUGCGCGAGCAGUUGGCGAACGUUAAUGCGGGUGACGCGAGCCAUAAAAAGCAGCUCUUGGAAGAUUUAGAAGGUUGUAAGCUUUUGCUGAUGAGAAAAAGGCGAAACCAAGAGAAGUUUGAUCACGCUUGGAAGAAGAUUGUGGAGGUGGCGGACGAAGUGGAACGAUUCGUCGGUGUUAAGAACGAUAAAAACUAUUGCCGGCUCGAUGAGGUGCUGAUUCAGCUAAUGAUGGAGUUGGACAAAAUCGACUGCUCGGGAAAUUCUGAUAUGAAGGUCGCUAAGCAGCAGGCGAUGCAGAUGAUACAGAAGAGCAUGGCAACUUUGGAUCGGAAAGCGUCCAGUAGUUCUUUCAGUGCAACAGUGGUUUGACUUCCAUUUCAUUGCUACUUGCUAUUUACGUGUUUGUAUUAUUUUGUCAUUGUCAAUUUGGUACGAUUAAAAAUUAUUUAAAUAUU